CGGAGCAAGCUGCCUUUUACGCGGCAUGGCACCCAAUGUGGAGCGCGGUGAGAUGAAAGGCCAGAGGCGGCAUCUCCGCGCAACCCCAUCCCUUCGUGUGCGUGAGCGUCUGGGUAACUGCUGGGUAACCGGCAGUUCACGUGUUGUUUUGCUCUUCGCGGGGACGAGCCAAGUGCGAGGAGUAACUCGCUGCGUCCGUGGUGCUGAAACUGAAGGAGCUUGCGCAGUAGCCCCGGGCGGACCGAGACGAAGGAGCGCGAGCUGACGGUGAGAGCAGACCCAGAAGGUACCAGGGACAGGUGCCGCGCGCCGCGGAAGCUCUGGGCUCGCCCUCCUUGGAGUACCGUCCCAUCCUGGGGGAUGGCGACCUCCCCCGUGCCGGAGUCGCCCAGUAGCUCCUCGGCUGGCCCCAACCUCAACAACAACAACAACAACCAGCAACAACAACAGGAGCAGCAGCAGCCGCCGCCGGGCGUGCGCAAGUGCGGCUACCUUCGCAAGCAGAAGCAUGGCCACAAGCGCUUCUUCGUGCUUCGCGCCCCCACUGGCGGGGCGGCAGCGGGGGAGGAGGCGUCGCCGCAGCAGCCCGCACGACUGGAGUACUAUGAGAGCGAGAAGAAGUGGCGGAGUAAGUCGACGGCACCCAAGCGGACUAUCGCCCUCGACGCCUGCCUCAACAUCCACAAGCGAGCCGACGCCAAGCACAAGCACCUCAUCGCCCUCUACACGCGCGACGAGUACUUCGCCUUGGCGGCUGAAAGCGAGUCGGAGCAGGAGGCCUGGUACCAAGCGAUCACGGAGCUGCUCCGCGAGAGCCAGGCCGCGGCGCAGGGCUCUCCUCGGCAUCCGUCACAGCUGGCCUCCUGCGAGGACUUCAGCUACGGGCAACCGGGCUGCAGGCCCCCUUCGUCCGCCGCCUACCGCGAGGUGUGGCAGGUGACGCUGAAGCCGAAGGGACUCGGGCAGAGCCGCAACCUCACGGGCGUGCACCGCCUGUGCCUGGCGGCGCGCACGGUCGGACUAGUGCGACUCAACUGCGAUCGGCCCUGCGUGACGCUGCAGCUUAUGAACAUCCGCCGAUGCGGCCACUCGGACAGCUUUUUCUUCAUGGAACUCGGCCGCUCGGCCUCGACGGGGCCCGGGGAGCUCUGGAUGCAAGCCGACGACUCGGUGGUGGCGCAGAACAUCCACGAGACCAUCCUGGAGGCCAUGAAGGCGCUGCGGGAGCUCGUAGAGUUCCGCCCGCGUAGCAAGAGCCAGUCCUCGUCGUCCUCGUCCGGCGGCGGCGCCACCACAGUCGCUGUGACUGGCGGCGGCGGCGGCGGCGGAUUGUCUGACGGAAUUAGGGCCGAUUCACUGUCUGGCAGCCCCCUGAGCCCUGAAACUGGGCAAAUCCCACACAGCUUUGGAAUCAGGGGGAGUGCUAGCCCACUGGGGGGGCAAACAGCGAUCCAUUCUGGUGGCUCCCUAGCUUUAGGGCAUUCUUCCUCCCUGGGGCCAAAGUUGACCACAGAGCCAAGCCUGGCCUCUCAGCGUUUAUCCAGUUGCAGUGCCUCUGCUUCUGGUUCCCCAGGUGACCUAGCUGGCUUCAUGACUUUUGAGGAAUUAGGCUCCAGUCCAGCUGGAGACCUACUGCCUUUCUCAUCUUCUUCAGCAACAAGCCACCAUAGCAACACACCUGAGACUCCUCCUGGCUGGCAGUUGGACGGCUACAUUGCUAUGGAACGGGGACCCUUUCGCCACCAGCCAUAUCCUUGUGGCGAGGACAAGGUUCCCAGGAAGCGCACUUACUCUUUGACAACACCAGCACACCAGGGCUCCUUGCCUCCUCCAGUUUCCUCUGCCUCCCUGGAUGAAUACACACUCAUGCAGGCCACCUUUUCCAGAGCGGGGUAUUCUCCAAAGGCAGCCUAUACUCCUUAUCCUGAGGAUUACUGCGAUGUGGACAUUGGGUGCAGUGGCACCAGCGGUGACAGGUCACGUUCAGGCUGCAGCGUGCCUAAGGAGGAUGGCUAUAUGCCCAUGAGUCCCAGCAUAGCAUGUGUCUUGCCAUUGCGGACUGAUCCCGGUGGCUAUAUGUCUAUGCGCCCCACCAGUAUGUCAGCCCCACAGCAGAUUGCACAACCUCAUUCCUACAAGGCCAACAGUGAGAGUUCUCCAGACGGUAGUGGCUACAUGCGCAUGUGGAGUACCAGUGCCCGGCUGCCUGGAGAGAGUCCGGAGGAGAGAGUGGCCAGCGAGGACUACAUCAGUAUGUCCCCUUUGCUUUUGCCCCCUUUGCAUGGGCCUCCUGCUUCGGACUCGCCUGUGCUCUCCACUGAUCAUUUCAGCGUCCUGAGGCUUGGGAAUCAGGCUAGCUACUUGGGUAGCCUAUCGCAUGCAUGCCAGCAGCAGUCAGAUUCUCACGGUGAGAGAAAGGACAGCGACCAGUAUGUGCUUAUGAGCUCUCCAACAGGCAGACAAAAUUACACUCCCAAAGGGGAAUUCUUUCUUGCUCCGUGCAGCAGUACUGCAAUGCAUUUAUCCAUGCAUCACAGCCAGACUCAGAGCUCUCUCAGCCAACAGACAGGCAAUGCCCAGCCCAUACACCCUUCUUUAGGGCUUUUGCUACCCAGCACGAAUGAACAGCCUUUUCCAAAGGAACCCCAGAGUUCCAGUGGGGAUUAUGUCAACAUUGGCUAUUCGCUGGCACCAACCUGUGAGAGCUCACCCUCUCUGCUUAACUCUGGCUUAGGUGGGCAUAGGGGUUCAAGGAUUUCCAACUAUAUGAACCUCAACUUUGAUGGUCCCCAGUCAAAUGCCAUUUCUCUGGGGUCCUUGGAAGAAGUACUUUUGCCAGGAUCCUGCCCUAGCUCUGGGCAGCUAGACAAGCAUUAUUUAAAGAUUGGCAUACAGAUGGCUUGCCUUUCCAGCCCAUCUUCUGAAGCCGGUGACUAUACGGAGAUGAUUUUUACCACUGCCACCGCACCACCCCAGCCCAUCUCACAGAAGCCAGAAAGCGUCCGGGUGACCGGCCCUGGCCCUGGCCUGAAGCAACUUACCCUUCCUGGGGUGGAGGCCUUUGUCUUUGCCAGUCCUCCUUUUAAUCCCAAUCAUGGAGCCAAAGUCAUUCGUGCUGACCCUCAGGGGCGUCGGAGGCACAGUUCAGAAACUUUCUUAUCUACUACCACAGUGACUCCUGUUUCUCCUUCCUUUGCACACAAUCCUAAGCGGCAGAGUUCUGCCUCUGUAGAAAAUGUGUCCCUCAGGAAAAAUGAAGGUUUGGGGGAGGAACAGAACAGCAGCCCCAUGUGCCGGGAAACCUCAGCUGGCUUCCAGAAUGGCCUCAACUACAUUGCUGUUGAUGCAUCAGAUGGAAGCCACCUUGCAGUUGGAGACCAAGUUGGGCACAAAGGCAGGCGUCCUCUCAAUGGAAGCAUCAAUGGUACUUAUGCCAGUAUAAAUGUCCUGGCCCACAAUCUGAAAAAAACAUCUUUAGUGAAAGAAUGAAGAAACCAGUUUUACCAUUCUGCUUGGUAGAACUGUCAUCAUUUUAGAUUUAAGCUGCUUUAAGAUCCAUUUUUUCUCCCUACUUCAUGUAGCUUUCAGAACAUUUCUUCGUUACUAUUGGAGGAGAAGCAACCUGUCUCAUUCACCAGGAUCUUUUGCAACACUGUGCCGCUGUUUGCAUAAACCAUGCUCAGCAUGGUAUCUUUUAGGACUUUGGACCUCUACGGUGGGCUGAUGCAUUGUGAUCAUUGCCUUUUCAGUACCAAUGAACUGUACUUAUUCUUCAGCAUGUUAAGAGGUUCUGCUUGCACAUGCUACAGCAGUAAAAUCUGGUGUUUACUAGCAUAUUUUCAAACCUCUACAGCACUACCUCAGUUAAAAGUCAAACUGGAUUUGUAUUGUGGUUUAGGAUGGCUGGCAUUUCCUUUCUCUCAGUGGCAUAGUACAGGCGUCAGCCUUACUGAAUCUUUCAAGAACCCUGCUGCUGGCUGGCUGCUUCGUUUACUUACAUGCAAAGCCCAGAAUGGGACCUGAAAAACUUAAAGCCAAGAUGCAACUUGAUAGAUUAGAUUUCUAUCAAUAUAUUUAUGAUAAUUAUAAGAUACGCUAUGGAAGCAACAAAACUUGGUACCAUUAAACUAUAUUGGGAUGUCAUUCUAUACCUCUGACAUUUGUUUGAUAGUUUCUGUUUAUCUUUUAAAGUCCUGCAGACUUCAAAGAUCUUUUAUCCUAUUUGUAUGCUUACGUUUACCAGCUACUCUUGGUAUUAGCUUAUUUUCUUGCAACUAAAAUUUAGAAAUGAAGGCUAAUAUGUGUCAAAAAGGUGACAAACUUUUGUACAAAAUACAACAUUAUUCAGUAAGGCUGAAUAUUUUUCUUCAACAAGUAACAGUUUCCAUUAAAAAAAAAAAAGCAUAACAUUUGGGGAGAGGGCAAAAUUUUCAGUCAUUCUCCCAGAAAUAGUUCACAAGGAUAUACAUACUCAGUAUUUUGAAAACAAUAGUGUCAUGGCUGCUAUUUUUACAUAUCUCAUCUUCAGAGCUUGCACUAUGGUGGUCCUCCUCUUGUUGCUUCUGAUCUGUAUUUGCUUGAAGAAGCUUUUUAAAAACGUGUUGUUAUUUUAAAGGUACCUGAUCAUUACUAAGAGCAACCAUAAGCUUUUUCCUUGAGCAGUCCUGUGUUUAAGCAAUGAACACAAUGUCACCAGAAGCACAAUGUGCUUUCUGUCUUUACUGAGCUAAGGUUUUAUUGCUCAAGAUAACGCAAAGUUCUUCUCCUUCCAUGCUGAGCGUUGGGACAGAAGAUCCUGUAAAAAGGGGCAUCUGAAUGUAACUGCUACCCAUUCAUGGUUUCUUUGAGGGAAUGGGAGGAGAGUAGAAUAAUGCAUAUGUUGAAGAAUGGAAUUAUCAAAUAACAAAAAAUUUAAAAGUUCAGUACCUCACCUUUCCUGCAGAAGUUUUUGACUACAAUUUCUAACAUCCCUGAUCAAUGCCCAUGCUGGCUUAGGUUGUGGGAAUUGUGAUCCAAAACAUCUGGAAGGCACUAGGUUGUGGGGGACUGUCAUAAAUUAAAUUAAUGAAGAUGGCUGCGUAUGAUGUCCUCAAGUAAUGGAGCACUGCAUCUGAUGAUCUUAGGGGGAAAAAUCAGUUCCUGAUACCAUAAUAGUCAGUUUAGUUAGUUUCUAAAAUAAAUGAGCUUGAAUAUAUACUGACUUCUUGUCAAUACUUUACAUUUCACAAAGGCAUAUGCAAAUAGUUACAUUCUUAAUCUAGUUUACAAUAUGAAACCAAAAUGUAUAAAUGUUAAAUUUGCUAACACUUUGCUAUGUAUAUUGGGUCUUUGUACAUUCUGCUUGAUUUUACCUUAAAUUUUAAAUAUUUUUUGCUACGUAACAUUAACAGUUAUAAGCAGUGUUUUCUUUUUAGAAAUAUAAUUGUUUCUGGACAUUGAGAUAGUAAAUAUAUUUCUUGCCAUUGUGCUAAGGCAAAACACUUAAUAUAUCUUGCUGUGUCUUCCAAUGCACACUAUGUAUAUAGGAAUAAUCAAUGAUGCUGCUGGGGAAGAGAAACCAUGGAACUAAAAUUUAGUAUUUAGUCUUUACUGAUCUUGGCUGCUAUCCUUAAUAGCCAUAUGCAAUAAAAUGUUAUUUAUUGAAGAAUUAAAGUCCUUGAAGGCCUGUUCCUUUUUUAAAUCAAAAUUGUUUUCUAUAAUAUAGCUUUCUGCUAUGUUUUUGAGCCUCUUCCUCAAUCAUCUUCUCUAAUCAAAAGUUCCAUCAGUAGAAAUGAUAGAGUUAAAUUCUGUCCUUUGCUUGAAAAUGUGCAGUGUAGUCCUGAGAAAAUAAUUUCAGAUUUGGAAACAGUCUUUUAUUAAUAACAGUGCUUUUAAACAGAUAUUUUGCCCCACCAACCCCAGUAAUGAUGAGGUUAAUUCACAAAAACUAUUGCCAACAACCUUUUUGGCAAAUGAACAUCUCUGCCACUUGGGGUAAGUAGCGUCUCCAGAAAUUAAUAUUUUUCAUCUUAAUUACUUUUUAUUUAUAGCAACGUAUAUUAGAUGUAUUUUGAUAAUUUUUAGUAGCUAUAGUUGCACUGUCAGUUCCAUCUAGAUAUCAGAAUCUGACAUCUAGAAAUCCUUGGAUCUAAUAAAAUACUCAUUUGUAAAAUCUUGUUUUAUUAAACUUGUAAUGAAGUCUAAAAAAAUUCAUUCUUACAGUGUGUAAAAUGGCCCAUCCUUUUCUGCCAUAAUUCUACCGGCCAUAGAAUUCUGAUCAUUUUUAGGGGGGGGAAACACUGCAAAACAAUUGUCUCUAAGAAUGAGAUCUACACAAUAAUGCAUUUUCAAGCAUAAACUGGGCUGAGUGGGUUCUGUGAAAGAUUGGGGGGUGGGGGCCUUAAACAUGCUGGUCUUUGGCAGACACUCAGCCAUCCACUUCUUCCUUGAUGCUGUUCUUCUCUUCUCAAUAGCUGUAACAUCCUCAGCAUUUGUCAUCAGCAACAUUGGCAAAUACUCUGGACGGGUUGGCAGCUGGCUGUCUUUCCCUCACCACAGACACACAAAACUUGACUCCCUGCCUACCCCAACGUCUGCCAAACCUAUCUAACUUGCUUAGCAGCACAAGAAGAACUGUAGUGAGUCCUCCCUCCCUCCCUCUUCAUUUUCCACAUUGCAGACCAUAUUUGUGGGUAUGCAUGUGCAUGUCCCCAAGAGGUCAGCUACUCAGGAGUAAGUGUCUUUAAGCUGUGUGGGAAUCAAUAAAGAAGUUAGGAUUGCUGUAGUGCACGUGUACCUCAAACCUCCUUGAAGUGGGACUUCUGGAGUAAACACAACAUGAGAAUCACAUUUGCAAAUCCAGGCAGGCAAGGGGAAGGUAAGUGCUUGGUAGCUCCAGCAGGACAUUUACUUUGGAAGAAAUCCAUGCCACCAAUACCUGUCCUAGAGGUAUACCACUCAUACUAUUUUUAUUUUGUUUUUUGACAAGGCCUAAUACCUAUUUAUGCAAUGUGAACCUUUUUCUACAUAUGGAUCAUUGGCUACAAAUUGAUACAAAUGCAAACACUACAGAAAAAGGUGAAAGCAAAAAAAAAAAAAAAAAGCCAAUGCUGCUGGUAUCCAUAUGGCACAUGUUUUGAGAAAUUAAAAUUAAAAUUGACUGAUUUUACAGGACAAACAUUUCCUCAUGGAGAACAUAAUGAAUUUCUGGAUAGAGCUUCUAAAGGAAUAUCCUGAAUCUGUCAGUUGAGCAUGAAAAUAUCUGAUGCCAUUUGCAACAACAUGUCUUUGGAAGAGCACCAUCUCUUUACAUACAGCAACAAAACAAGUACAGAAAUAAUCCAAAUAUAGAAAAUUAUCUCUGCUUACAGGUAAUAUCAAUAGUUUCAAACACUGAAUUUUUAUCCAAGGAAAAGCAAUCACAUCCUAGUCGCUGAUUUGUUUGACUAAAACAUGAACCUCCCAAAUAAUUGUGAAAUUCAAGUUCUAUUUUGUGUACAUUGGAAAUGUUAAUUUUGCAUUUACAAUAAACAGCUACUUUUCA